GCUCAUACACAAACAACUAAGAACAAGUUUAAUUUCUUCACCUCUCUAAACACCAAAAAUGGCACCUCAGGUACACCAUGUCAAACCUGUUUUUGAAGCUUCGGGUGGAAGGUCUUCAUCCCUUCCACAACAAUCUUGUCAGUACCAAUACCUACCACAACGGCCCAUCAUUCUUCAGGUGGCUCCAACGAAAGAGGCUGCUAUGGUCAACUACAAGCCACGGAGUCUUGUGGUGAUUGGAUACUAGAUUUGGUUGGAUAUGGCAAUAUGGGUUAACUAAGCAUGUGUUUUAGUUUGCUUGAUAUCUGAGUUAUAGCCUAUAUGAUUGUCAUUAUCAGUUAAUGGGUUUACUUGUUGAUCUUAGUUUGUAAAUGGAGUUUUGGCUAGUCUUUUUAAUGCUAGUGACGGGUUUUAACGGGUACAAAUUUUGGAUUCAUGAACUUUUGGGUAUUAAGUUUUUGCAUUAAGAUGUUUUUAGGUGCAUGAUAAGAUAAAUAUCGUUAUUCAACACCCUUUAUGAAAGGGUACCGAUUAUUCGUAGACAACAAUUUUUAAUCAUAUACAACAAAUUUGUGUUUUAUACCGUUGUAUCGUAAAAUUAUUUAAAUCAUAAAUUGUUGUGUAUGACUUAAAAGAAAAGCAUGAAUGCAUUUUCUCUUUCUUCCAAUGAAGCAUAUUGUGAACGAUUCGAGAGUUGUGCUAAUUAAAAUACCUGAAAUCAUUAAUACAACAGUUAGAUUAUUUAUUGUCCUAAACUUCUUAUAUUUCACAUAUUUAAUUAGAAGAAAAUAACUCUAUCAUAUUCAAAUGAGAAAUUAAAUAUUCUUAUAUAUUUUAUUUCUAUUAUCUUUCUACCUAUAUUAAACGGUGAAAAGUUAACUAAAAUAUUAUUAAUUUCAUUAAAUGUGUCAUUAAAUUUGAUAAAUGUUAAUACUUGAUCUGGUAAAAAGAUAAAUAAAAAUAAAAUAUAAGAGGAUAUUUAAUUCCUCGUUUGAAAAUAUUUCAAAAUCAAAAAAAAAAAAAAAAAAAAAAAAAAAAAAAAAAAAAAAAAAAAAAACUAGUGUUAGUGAAAUGAUUAAUCAAGUUAUUUGAUAGAAGUUGAUAAUCAUACUUUUCCAAGUUCCAAGUUCCAACUGAUCAGCACUAGGUCAUGACCUUAAUAGAUAAUAUUGAUAUAUUCAAAGAUUAAAAAUAUAAUUUUUUUUGAUUAUUUGUUGUUUGAUUACAAAAAUAUAAACCAAGACUAAGCUUGAAAGACUAACUGAAAAGUUAGAUAAUAAAAAAAUAUAUAUUUGGUAAAAACUAUUUAAUAAACUCUUCAAAGUUAGUAAUUUACAUAUUUAAACAAUUUGCCACUUUUAUAACAGUAAACGUUAAGUACUAAAAUUUUAAUAGUUAUCUACUUCCACUUUCAAAUGUACCUAACAAUGUGAUAUAUUCAGGAGAUAUUAGUAUGAGAUUCUCUAUUUUCGUUCAUAUAUUCCCUCCUUAAAUAUUGGUCAAUCAAUUAUCUUCUUCCAUUUUUUUGUGAUUGUUUAGCUUAUUAUUUUGUCUCUCUGGUUGUAUUCGUUGAAUAAAAAUUCAAUCAUAGAAAAGCUUUAUUCCCCUGUUAUGUGUCGCCAUUGAUUUUUAGAUGGUAUCAGAGCGGUUUUAGAAUCAAUCGAUCCCAGCAUCAUGAUCGGAAACGAAGGUGACAAAGGUAGAUCUAGCACCAUCGAUUUCUCAUCGCCAUACUACCUACAUCCUUCGGAUUCUCCCAAGAAACCUUAUGUAAAUGAGGUUCUUACAGGUGGAAACUAAAACGAUUGGGUACGAGAGAUGACCAACUUUCUCUUUGCCAAAAACAAAAUAGAUUUCAUUGAUGGAACCUUGAAGAAACCGGAGAUUUUGUCUUCUAAAUACAAACCAUGGAUGAGGUGCGAUGCAAUGAUAAAGGGGUGGCUUACCACAACCAUGGAGAAAGGUAUACGUGACAGCGUGAAAUACGCCAACACAUCAUUAGAGAUUUGGUCAGACCUAAAAGAAAGAUUUGGGAAAGAAAGUGCACCGAGGGCUUACGAACUAAAGCAGAAGAUAGCCGCUACACGUCAAGAGGGCAGCAACGUUUCGACCUACUACACCCGUCUCAGGUCAUUAUGGGAUGAGUCUCCUUCAAUUUUUGCUUUUCCAUGUUGUUCAUGUAACAAAUGUACGUGUGAACUAGGAAAGAAAAUCACCGCUCAUCUUGAGAAACAACAACUUUAUGAGUUUCUUAUGGGCCUAGACAAUGAUUUCAAUGUUAUUAGGACCAAAAUCUUAGCAACAAAACCCGUUCCUACUCUAGGGACGGCUUAUCACAUGGUGGCAGAAGAUCAAAGACAAAGGGCCAUAUCGCUUGAGAACCAAGCCACUCCAGAACCAGCUGCAUUCAAAGCCUUUCAGAAACGUGAUUUCAGACCAGUGAAAGGGAAGCACACGGCCAAACAAGAAAAAGAAAACAUGCAAGACGAUGAAUGCACUUUUUGUGGAAGGAAUGUGCACAAACGAGAAGGGUGUUUCAAACUAGUCAGUUAUCCCGAUUAGUGGCUCGGGAAGAGAGACGACAAGACAAAACCAAAAGCUACAUGUGUUAACACCCAAGCAAGCUCCAUACCCGGAUUAAAUGAAGAACAAUACCAAGAGUUUAUGAAGUUCUUUUCGAGUUUAAGCAACAAUGGGGCUUCGAACGAGGACCUUGAUUGGAUCGGGUAGGUGCCAAGGGGGGUUGUAUCUCAUGGACAUGUUCAAGAAAGGAAGAAAAGUGAUGAUCGUCACCACGGACACAUGCCAUAAAAGAUUAGGACAUGCUUCAAGGGAUAAACUCUCCAAUGUCAAUCUCUUUAAAAACAAUUCUAGUAAACUUAGCAAUGUCUUUUGUGAUUCGUGUGCCAAGGCCAAACAUGUUCGUAACCCUAUUCCAAA